AUGCACCUGAACUCAUCCUCGUACUCCUGGACACAACCUCAACACAGCGGAAUGCACCUGAACUCAUCCUCGUACUCCUGGACACAACCUCAAACACAGCAGAAUACACCUGAACUCAUCCUCGUACACCUGGACACAACGUCAACACAGCGGAAUGCACCUGAACUCAUCCUCGUACUCCUGGACACAACCUCAACACAGCGGAAUACACCUGAACUCAUCCUCGUACUCCUGGACACAACCUCAACACAGCGGAAUACACCUGAACUCAUCCUCGUACUCCUGGACACAACCUCAACACAGCGGAAUACACCUGAACUCAUCCUCGUACUCCUGGACACAACGUCAACACAGCGGAAUACACCUGAACUCAUCCUCGUAUUCCUGGACACAACCUCAACACAGCGGAAUACACCUGAACUCAUCCUCGUAUUCCUGGACACAACGUCAACACAGCGGAAUACACCUGAACUCAUCCUCUGGUUGUGUUCAGGUAUCUUGGAGGUCCUUCACUGUGUCCUGGUGGAAAGUCCUGAAGCUCUGAACAUCAUCAAGGAGGGACACAUCAAGUCAAUCAUCUCUCUGCUAGACAAACAUGGACGCAACCACAAGGUUCUGGACGUGCUCUGUUCCCUGUGUGUCUGUCACGGUGUGGCGGUACGUUCCAACCAGCACCUGAUCUGUGACAACCUGCUACCUGGCAGAGACCUGCUGCUACAGACACGACUUGUCAACCAUGUCAGCAGCAUGAGGCCUAACAUCUUCCUGGGUGUGAGUGAAGGCUCCGCCCAGUACAGGAAGUGGUAUUACGAGCUGAUGGUGGACCAGGUGUUACCCUUCGUUACGGCCGAAGCCACACAUCUCAGAGUGGGCUGGGCCACCACAGACGGCUACCAACCCUACCCCGGUGGAGGAGAGGGCUGGGGGGGAAACGGGCUCGGCGACGACCUCUACUCCUACGGCUUCGACGGCUUGCACCUGUGGUCAGGCUGCAUCUCCAGGACAGUGAGCUCACCAAAUCAACAUCUCCUCCGUGUGGAUGACGUGGUCAGCUGUUGUCUGGACCUCAGUGCUCCCAGUAUCUCGUUCCGUAUCAACGGUCAGCCCGUCCAGGGGAUGUUUGAGAACUUCAACUCUGACGGACUGUUCUUCCCUGUAGCCAGCUUCUCCGCCGGGGUCAAAGUGCGUUUCCUGCUGGGUGGUCGUCAAGGAGAGUUUAAGUUCCUGCCCCCGCCGGGCUACGCUCCGUGUUUCGAGGCUGUGCUACCCAGGGAGAAGCUGAGAGUGGAACACAGCCAGGAGUACAAGGAGGACCACAGUGAGACCAGGGAUCUACUGGGUCCCACCAUCACCCUGUCCCAGGCUGCCUUCACCCCUACACCUGUUGACACCAGCCAGGUUGUUCUGCCUCCUCACCUGGAGAGGAUCAGGGAGAAGCUGGCGGAGAACAUCCAUGAGCUGUGGGUCAUGAACAAGAUUGACCUGGGCUGGACCUACGGAGCUGUACGGGACGACAACAAGCGGCAGCAUCCUUGUCUGGUGGAGUUCUCCAAGCUGCCUGAGCAGGAGAGGAGCUACAACCUACAGAUGUCUCUGGAGACUCUCAAGACUCUCUUGGCCCUGGGUUGCCACGUGGGUCUGGCUGACGAGCACGCUGUGGAGAAGGUGAAGAACCUCAAGCUCUCUGCCACUUAUGAGCUGUCUAGUGGCUACAAGCCUGCUCCUAUGGAUCUGGGCCACAUCAAGCUGGCCUCUACCCAGGAGGCCAUGGUGGACAAGCUGGCGGAGAACGCUCACAAUGUGUGGGCCAGGGAUCGCAUACGCCAGGGCUGGACCUACGGCAUCCAGCAGGUGUGUCACCCAAAGGAUGUGAAGAAUCGUAGGAACCCGCGCUUGGUUCCGUACACUCUGCUGGACGAGAGGACCAAGAAGUCCAACAAGGACAGUCUGAGGGAGGCUGUCCGCACCCUGCUGGGGUACGGAUACAACCUGGAGGCUCCGGAUCAGGACCAUGCAGCCAGAGCAGACGUCAGUAACAUGUCUGCUGAGCGGUUCCGUAUCUUCCGAGCCGAGAAGACGUACAGUGUGAACGCUGGGAAGUGGUACUUUGAGUUUGAGGUGCUGACGUCAGGGGAGAUGAGGGUGGGCUGGGCGCGGCCGGGCUGUCUACCUGACCAGGAGCUGGGCUCUGACCAACACGCCUUCGUCUUCGACGGAUUCAAGGCCCAGCUGUGGCACCAGGGCAACGAGCACUUCGGCAGGUCGUGGGGUCCAGGUGACGUGGUGGGCUGUAUGGUCGAUCUGAACGAACACACUAUGAUGUUCACCCACAAUGGAGAGGUGCUCCUGGACAGCUCAGGCUCUGAACUGGCCUUCAAGGACUUUGAGGUCUGGGAAGGUUUCAUCCCGGUCUGCAGUCUGGGUGUUUGCCAGGUUGGGAGGAUGAACUUUGGUAAAGACGUGAGCACGCUGAAGUACUUCACGAUCUGUGGGCUGCAGGAAGGAUACGAGCCCUUCGCCGUCAACAUGAACAGAGACCUCACCAUGUGGCUCAGCAAGAGAUUGUCUCAGUUCAUCCCUGUACCUCCUCAUCAUGAACACAUUGAGGUGACGAGGAUGGACGGCACCGUGGAGACUUUCCCGUGUCUCAAGGUCACCCAGAGGUCGUUCGGCUCCCAGAACAGUAACCCAGACAUCACCUUCUAUCGCCUCAGCAUGCCUAUAGAGUGUAACGAGGUGCUGGCCAAGUCACCUGGCGGGACGCUACAGUCUGGCGGGGGCUUCUCCUUCUCCUCUAAGAAAGACCUGGAUGACUUCGAGACCGUGUCCGACUUCGAGGUGUUGACGAAGUCUGCCCACUGCACCCUGGACUCCAGCCUGGACAAGGAGAAGGACCAGUUCAACAACCACAAAGACUACAACCAGGAGAAACCCUCCAAGUUAAAGCAGAG